AUGUCACCUUCUUGUUCGUCUCCAACAAAUUCUCUUCAUGAAACUUUUACUAAACUUAACAAACGUACUUUCGAAAAAUCUUAUCUUCCGUCUACUCAAGUUUUUUCUUCUACUUCUUCUAAUGAAUUACCAAUUGAAGUAUUUGAAAAAAUCUUUAAUAAUUUUAACAGUAAAGGAAAAGAAUAUAUUUUAACGCUUCAUUCAUGUUUACUCGUAAGUAAGGAUUGGAGUUUAUCUAUAAUGAAAUUAUUAUACUCAAAUCCAUUUUAUUAUUUUAAAGAAAUAAAAGAUAUCAAUAAAAUUAUUGAUACUUUAUUAUUAUGUUUAAAUAAAUCAGAAUUAGAUAUGUUAUUUGAACAUGGUAUUAUUAAUUCUAAUUAUAAAAAUAAUAAUAACAAUACUAUUACCCCUUAUUAUAAUUAUCCUAAAUAUUUAAAAAAUCUUUAUUAUAGAGGAUUUUUAUCUAUAAUUCAUUCUUGGAUCAUUACAAGAAAUAUUAAUUCUAAUUCUGAUAAUUAUAAUAUUCUUUCUACUACUACUACUUCUACUCAAUUUGAGAUUAUCGUAAGAGUUUUGUUAAAUUUGUUUUUUAGAGAGAGUAAACAAUUAGAAAAAUUACAUAUUUGUUCUACUAAUUUAGUAUGGGAUAAAAAAGAAUUAAGUUGUAUGUAUUUAUUAAUGAGUAAUAGUUUAGGUAUUACUAGUAGUGGUGGUUUAAAAAGUGGUUUAUGUACCAAUUUAGAUAGCAUUUAUUUAACUGUUGAUUGUCCAAUGAAUAAUUUUCUUCCUUUACUCUCUAAACAAUGCAGAAAUUUGACAAAUCUCGGUGUAAUGAUGGACCUUCAUCGAAAAUCUUGUUAUACUCAUUCUCCUCCUCCAACAGAUAUUUCAGAUAUUAAAAACAUUUGUACUCUUAUCUCUUCUCAACGUAAUCUUCAAUCUUUUCAAAUAAUGUUUUCCUCAAAUACAUCAUUACUAAUUUCCGCAUUAUAUACUCAACGUGAAACAUUACGUUCCUUGGAUUUUUAUUGGGUUGAUUUUAGAGAUUGUACUUCAUUAAUCGAAUUGACUCAUUUUAAACAAUUGGAAGUGGUGAAAUUUAGAAAUUGUUUUAAUUUAAAGAAAGAAAUUUGUGAACCAUUACUUAAUAAUGAUUGGGAAAAUUUAUGUCAUGUCGUUGUUAUAAAUACUGAAUGUUUUACGUUAAGAGAAUGGGCAAGAAAAAUUAAUAUUAAAAUGUGUAACAAUGGUUAUAAUAGUGAUGAAAGUGAUAAUGGCAAGAAGAGUAGAAGUAAUAGUUUAGAUAAGAAUAUUAGUAGUAAAAUUCUUAAUAAUGGUAAUUUACCUAUUAUUUCAAAACAAUUUAAAAGAAAUUUUCAAAUUGAAGAAUAA